AUGUGUGAACCUGCCCCUCAACCCACACACUCGGCCCGGCACUCUUUUCUAGAAUGUCCUGCCCCGCUGCUUCUGCUGUCCUUGCUGCUGCUUCCUCUGGGCCUCCCAGUCCUGGGCGCCCCCCCUCGCCUCAUUUGCGACAGCCGAGUCCUGGAGAGGUACAUCCUGGAGGCCAGGGAGGCCGAAAAUGUCACGAUGGGCUGUGCUCAAGGCUGCAGCUUCAGUGAGAAUAUCACCGUCCCAGACACCAAGGUUAACUUCUACACCUGGAAGAGGAUGGACGUUGGGCAGCAGGCUGUGGAAGUCUGGCAGGGCCUGGCCCUGCUCUCAGAAGCCAUCCUGCGGGGCCAGGCCCUGUUGGCCAACUCCUCGCAGCCAUCUGAGACCCUCCGGCUGCAUGUGGACAAAGCCAUCAGCAGCCUGCGAAGCCUCACCGCCCUGCUUCGGGCGCUGGGAGCCCAGAAGGAGGCCAUCUCCCUUCCAGAGGAAGCCUCUGUUGCUCCACUCCAAACAUUCACUGUUGAUACUUUGUGCAAACUUUUCCGAAUCUACUCCAAUUUCCUGCGGGGAAAGCUGACGCUGUACACGGGGGAGGCCUGCAGGAGAGGGGACAGGUGACCAGGUGCUCCCACCCCGGGCACGUCCACCACCUCACUCACCACCACUGCCCGUACCACGCCUCUGCACCACCACUCCUGACCCCUGUCGAGGGGUGAGCAGCUCAGCACCAGCCUGUCCCACGGACACUGCACGGCCACGGGUGACAUCUCAAGGGCCAGAGGAACUGUCCAGAGCUCAACUCAGAUCUGAGGAUGUCACAGGGCCAGCCUGAGGCCCCGAAGCAGGAGGAAGUCGGAGGAAAUCAGCUUAAGCUUGGGGACAGAGCCUUGCUGGGGAGACACCAAAACUCACCUCGGUGCCCUGCCGAGCGGUGAUGCCAGGAGAAGCUGGAGGGCAAAUAUCUCUUUUUGCACCUAUCAGGCAGGGACAGGAGGGACUGGAGAAUUUCGGUGGCAAGUCAUGAAUUCUCCAGGUCUCACGGAUACUCCCAUGACAGCAAGAGCCCACUGGACGAAGGGUGGUUGGAGCCGUGAAGAUGGGAUGGGGGCUGGCCCCUGGCUCUCACUGGGUCCAAGUUUUGUGUAUUUUUCAAUCUCACUGGCAAGAA